GCGGAAUGGAAGAGCCUGAGCUGUGAGCAGAAGAACCUGUACAAGGAGGUGAUGCUGGAGACGUACAGGCAUCUGCUGUCGUUGG